AACCAAAAUUCCCUUACUAGAACCGCCCAAACAGAGCUGGGGUUUUCUCUACCCAGGCGCCCAACUAUAUGCCAAUUGGAUGUGCAAACAGUGGCCACUAAUUAAUUUGCAUAAAUAAGCAGCUGGGAGUGGGGCAGACCAAAUAGUUGAACCCAUCAUGUUGUGGCAAACGGUCUACCUGCUCGUUUUGGCGUGCGCCUUGGUCAGCACAACACCGAUCCUCUCCAGCAGCGAUCUCCUCCAGGAAAGUGUUAGAAAGCCCCGGCACAUUGGAGGAUUCGGGGGUAGUGGAGUCGUAGGAGGCGGAAUCGUGGGUGGUGGAAUCAUUGGAGGAGGAGGAGGAGGAGUAGCUGCCCCCAUAAUAGCAGCCCCCGCCAUUCAAACCGUACCCAUUGUAUCCACCGUGCCCAUAAUCACCACUGUUCCCGUAGUUUCCAGCAUACAAACUAUACCUAGUUAUGGUUAUGGCUAUGGCUAUAAUGGUUAUGGAGGAGGAUAUCCCGCAGCUGGAGGAUUAGGUGGACUUGGUGGACUUGGUGGCAUUGGAGGCGUUGGAGGAGGUGGCUUCGUCGGCGGCGCUGUGGGUUUUGCCAAAUUCAAAGGCGGUUUCUUCGGCUAGAUGUUUCCGAACAAGUCUGAGUGGGUCUCUAGUGUAAACAAUGAAUAAACAAAAGUGCUGCGAGAUCGAGUUUCGUUUUGCCCAGUGUUUGGAAUCAACAGAUUCGAUGAGCUUGCAUAUAUUCCAUUUUCAACUGGUUGUGUUUGAGCUUUGGAUAUUUCUGGAAGAGUCUCUUCU